CAGUUAUAAACGUUGAGCAAUGGCGUCACUAUGUAAAGACCGAGAGCUAUGAUAAUAUUUAAAAUCGACCUGAGAGGGGUUCUUUAUAUCGUACUCCCCGUGGCAAACGGUUAGAACGCGACUUUGCAGGAUCAAUGUCUAGGUUAACAAAUAAUAUUGUUGAGGUUAUGUCGUUAUUGAAAUGAUAAAUCGACCGUGCAGCAGACAGAAGCUAACUAUUAUUAGAUGUACUAUUAAAUGCGUCACGCUGAAAUGACUUCCAUGUAUACUACAGGUUUAUAUGAGUAAAUAUAGUGGAAGCAGUCUUUCAAAAUUAUUAGCGACAGCUGACAUGAUUGAGCUCUAGUAUGUUUAUUAUUAAAAUGCACUGUGAAUACUUUAUGGUAUUAAAAAAAGCAUUUGUAUGCAGAAAUAUGAAUAUAUAGGACUACGAGCAUAGGACUCUUUCUACCUUGGACCUCCACACUCUGGAGAUAAUAUCAUGAAAAUAAUUUCAGAUUUUAUGUUUAUUUUUUUUCUUUAAAGCAAAUUUUGCAACGUUAAUUCCUAUUCUUCAAAUAAUUGACUAUUUUUCAAAUUCAAAAUUUUCAUACCACUUACAAACAUUGCCACACUGUAUGGUGACGCGAUUCGUGCUAUUUUGUGGCCAAUGGCAUUUGUUAUAAAUUUCGUUUUAAUGCUGCAUAUUUGACAAAAAAAAUCGCUUUACAAAGCAUCUAAAUCCACUGUCAUUCGUUUUUCUCAGUUCUGUUGUUGAGACGCGAUAAGCUAGUUCAUCAAUAUGAGGCGAAAAUCAAUUUCAAUCUUCCGAUUGAUUGCAUCACGUAGAACUAACUCACUUAGGAUGAGUUCAGACAUUUCAAUACCCUGCAUUGUCAUAGGCGACCAAGCUUUUAAUACGCUACAACCGUGAAAAUGUCACCUUUACUGUACAAAACCAAACAAAAUUUCAAAAGGCUUCCGCAGUUAUCUGUAAAGUAGGUACAUUACUUAGUAAACGUAACAUGGAAACUUUACGAGCUAGUUUAAAUAUUCAGCCCGCGUUGAAUCUCCAACUUAAUGAACGGGUUAACGAAUUGAAGUCCGCAGGGAUGAAAAUACACCAUUUAGGAUUCGGCCAAUCACCAUUUCCAGUUCCCGAACAAGCGCAAAGAUCCCUACGAGAAAACGCUGACAAAGCUGAGUACGUUGCGGUCAAGGGUCUGCUUCAAACGCGAGAGUUGAUAUGCAAGUUGCACUCUCGUUUAGAUGGAUUGGAACGAUUUACUGCUGACGACGUCAUUAUAGGCCCUGGUUCGAAGGAUCUGCUCUUUUUGCUUAUGAACGUUUUGCGUGGAGACAUUUAUCUUUUGUCGCCAACAUGGACAACUUACAAACCGCAGGCACAAAUUGCGGGACGAAACACACAUAUCAUCAGGACAUCCCCCGAUAAUGGAUGGAAGGUCACGCCGUCUUUACUACAGUCGUCGUUAAACAACGCCAUUCCCGGCAGUUUGUUGGUAUUAUGCAACCCCGAUAAUCCUACUGGAGCUUGCUAUACAAAAAACGAGUUACAAGACAUAGCCAAGGUCAUUCAGAAAUGUGAUAUCAUUGUUUUGUGUGACGAGAUUUACGCAAGACUAACCUACGACGCAGACCACAACACUCUCGUCAAAUACCUACCUGAUCGAGCAAUAUUAAGCUCUGGUAUAUCAAAAUGGGCUAGCUGUGGUGGCUGGAGGUUCGGUUAUCAACUAUACCCAAAGAAAUUGAGGCCCGUUCUUGAUGCGGUCCAAGCGCUUGCAAGUAAUUCCUAUACCUGCUGCUCUAGUCCUAUUCAGUAUGCUGCUCAGACACUCCUAAGAUUUGACAACGAUGCAAGUGAAUAUGUCCAGCAUUGCUCUCGCAUUCUGCAAGCAGUAGGUAACUACUGCGCUAACACGUUAUUGGAUGCCGGCGUGAAAGUAUCUCAUCCGCAGGCUGGUUACUACAUAUUCCCUGAUUUUGAAAUUUAUCGUGAAAAAUUUGAAGCGCGAGGUAUAAGAACGGGAGAGCAAAUGUGCGAUGCUAUUCUCGAGGAAGCUGGGGUAGCCCUUCUUGCUGGAGGUCCAGCAUUUCUAGAUAAAGAAGACAGAUUUACCGUUCGUCUUUGCUUCAUUAAUUUUGAUGGGCGAAUAUCACUCAAAGCGAGCCGAGCUUUGGGUUUGUCAACUGCGUUGCCUCAAAGUUUUCCACAGGAGUACUGCAAAGGCACCACAGAAGCCGUUGACAACAUUGUGCGUUGGCUUCAAUCUCUACAAGUGUCAAAUGGUGUCUCAGAUUAUCAAGAGUAGUUGUUUAAAUGAUGGAUAUUUCUUUUUGACUGUUAUAUAGUCAUUACCUUUGUUAAUAAUAGUUAUCCAAAAAGUUUAUCAGGCAAUAAGAACGAUUUAUAGCAUUAGCUAAAUAUAGUUUUAUAUUACUUUUAUCUCCCCAAUUCUAUAUUAAUUUCUUCUUCGAUUUUCGCAUUGAUGGGAUUGAAUAAAAUUGGCCGUACGAUAUAAUGUAAUUUCAAAGUUUAGUUAAACAACUAAUUUAAUUUUAGAAAACGGUCCUUUCAUCCAGAAUUUUGUAUUGGUUACAACUGGCAAAAUAAGUAGCCAAAGUUAAAUUUCAGACUACAUCUGUCAUCUUUUGUCAGGAUUGACCUAUUAUGUCAUAUAUGUUUUCUGCAAAAAUCUCAUCAAAUUCGGAUAUCUGCAUAUUAUGUUAUAUAUUAUGAAUAUAUAUUUAUAUGCUAUAUUAUAAUUAUCAACUUAAUUAUUCAACGCAAUAAAUUGCUAAAACAAGUAUACU